AUGCUGCGACGCAUCACCCACUCCGCCGCUUUCUUGCAGGCGACGCUUCACUCCACUGCGCUGGGUCGCAUUGCCGUCGUUGUUGCACCACACCGCCCCACUUCCCUUUACACGGCGCAGCGCAGUUUCUUUGGCAUGCUGCGCCCCAAGGCAAAGCAUGUGAAGGUAGAAGACGUUCUCUUCGACAAGCAAACAACACAUUACACAGGCACCAUCUUUGGUUUCUCCGCCGAUGCCGUGAUAUUUUAUGCCAAAACAGGUGCCAUCGUAUGCGCCAUCCUUGUGGUUGUGGGCGUGUUCUUCAAGGGCUACGUCAUGCUUUCGCGCUUCAGCUUAGCAACAGUUGCCCGCUUAGGAUUUAUGAGUGGCUUCUUGUGCAGUGCGGUGCUUUACACCGUGGCCCUGGCGGUGAUUCGCCGAUUUAGGAUCAACCCCAACGCGGUGUACAAUCAAUCCAUCGCACUUGUCAUGCGAAACGAGAGGGUUGUGCAGCACCUCGGCUCGCACCCGCGCACGGGGGACUUUAAAGCCUACUGCCAAAGUGGGGGGUUUCGUCUUCCGCUCAUCCGUCGCAUCCGUAGCGGUUCCUAUGAACUCUCCGAUCUUUUGGGACUAAGGCCGAGGAAGUUACAGAUGAUGUUUAUCCUGCGUAACCCGGCAAACGGCAGAGAGGGCCUCGUGACGUGCGACGUGCGCCGUGAGUCGACCGGGUUUAUGGGCUCUGAGAAUACGUUUAGGUCGUUGGCGGUCACGCUGACAGACGCAGCCCGUACUUCGGCGCCGCAGACUGUCGUGGUGAUUGGUCGACCAGAAGACGUUGUGUAUCGUGGUCUUAUGAGGUUGUAG